AUGGGCCUGACACAAAUGUUAGUCUACUUGCACGCUGAACGUGUGACACACCACGUCAUAAGUGGGUCCUUAGAACCGGUUAUCGAGAUAACCUUCUGUACGCGGGAUUUCGCCGAAACAGCUAUGCAGACGUUCAUCCGAUUCCAUGGUAAUCCUCUGAAAAUGGCCUUUACGCCGCCGGUCGACAAAAGUCUCCUCAUUUCCAACUCGACUAAUAUUGCAUCAUCAUUAAUCACAGACGCAGCCUCUGGCUGCACUCAUACCUCAACGAAUAUUCCAACAGCCAUAGACCCCGCUUCUUUACCGACCGAAAAGCUUGCGCCUCUUGACAAUUCAGUGUCCUUUGAUGCUUCGAGUUCUUCCCCCAAGGUUCUAUAA